CCGGGGCCCCUUAGUGCGAAGGCAGUGCAGAGGUGCACCUUGUAGGUUAACUAAGUCAGGUGGCUGGAGAGAGUCAGGGCAGGAGCUUUCCUGAGCCCCAGCCGGUGCCAACAAGCAGCGUGGGAGGAACUGGAAAGCGGAAGAGAAGCGGGUGAAGAAGACGGGGAAAGAAAAACAAAGGAGCAGCCAAGCCCCAGGGGCAAAGCGGGUUGCCAGAGCUCUGGGCGAGUCCCUGUUGAGGCCUGGCCUGUAGUCCGGCGUGCGGACAGGUUCCUGUGUUCAAACUGGUGCUUUAAGGGUGAUUCUGCCCCAGGUCAGCAGUGGGGCGUCCCAGGAGGCGCACACGUCCUGUGGCUUUCUGUGUCCCUCCCGGCCUCGCAGGACCGCCUGGAUCCAGGGCCCUGGGCUCCCCACACGUCUUCCCCAAGGGCUGAGACGGGACGUGCAAGACCUGAGGCUCCAGGAAUGCAGCUGGAGGGCGCCUGGGCAGGAAUUGGGGGCGCUGCAGUUCAGGCCAUGCAAGUCACCAGAUGGACAGCCCUGUUGGCGAGAAGAUGUUUGCCAAGACAGCCCAAAACAACUGGCCUAUAGCAGAUCUGCAAGCAACUGAAAACAGAAGUAAUUCCCAACCCUGAAUUACAUCAGUGUUACUGGAAACCUCAGAAGUACCAUAUCAAGAAAUGGACUGGGACCAGUUUGAUAUGAACCCAAAAGUUAUUGCUGCUAUUAAGAAAGCUAAUAUAAAAUCAAUAAAAGAGAUUCUGAAUCUUUCUGGAGCGGAUUUGCAAAGACUGACAAAAUUAUCCAGCAUGGAUGUACAGUGCUUACUGAAAACAGUCUCUCAUGCAGUGAGGAAAAAUUGUAUGCUUACAGCACUUCAGCUCUACCAAGACAAAGAUCAUCACACCUCCCAACACCAGAAACUGAGCCUGGGGUGCUCAGUACUAGAUGACUUAUUAAGAGGUGGCAUUCCUCUGGUGGGAAUUACAGAGCUGGCUGGUGAGAGCUCUGCUGGGAAGACCCAGAUUGGUUUGCAGCUGAGCCUUUCUGUGCAAUAUCCUUACAGCUGUGGUGGAUUAGAAUCUGGAGCUGUCUACAUUUGUACAGAAGAUGUUUUCCCAAAUAAACGUUUGCAGCAACUGGUUGAUCAACAGCACAGACUGAGAGCAGAGGUUCCACGUGAGAUCAUUCAGAAAAUAAGAUUUGGAAAUAGCAUUUUCAUUGAGCAUGCAGCAGACCUAGACACCUUCUCCAGCUGCAUUACGAAAAGAAUUCCCUUGCUGCUUGCAAGAGGCAUGAUACGCCUCGUGAUCAUUGACUCUAUUGCUGCUUUGUUUCGAUGUGAAUUUGGAGCACAAGAUUCUGUUGUGAAAGCCCAGUAUUUGCAGACAUUUGGAGCACAGCUUCAUGGUUUAAGUACGAGAUUCAGGACUCCAAUAGUGUGUAUCAAUCAGGUAACUGAUGCAGUGAGUGAGACAAAUGUAGCUCAGUGCAGUUUUAGCUCAUUGGAUAAGAGAGUUUCUCCAGCACUUGGGAUAACAUGGUCCAAUCAACUGUUGAUGAGAUUGAUGGUCAGCCGAACACCACAGGCAGAGAAUUUGCAGAGACCUGCACUGCAGCAUCCUGGAGGCGUGAGAACUUUAAGAGUAGCUUUUGCUCCUCAUCUGCCUCUAUCUUUUUGCCUCUAUACAGUAAAUUUGGAAGGGGUCAAGGGAGUAAGUGUAAAAAGCCCACUAUGAAAAUGUUACAGGGGAUCUCCUCCAGAAAUUCAUACCAAUGAAGAAAGGCAUUUCCCUUCAGGUAUUCACGCGGGAUUGCCCGAUAUGUACAUACAGUAUUCCAGCAAUAAAAGUUUUUUAUGAAUAUA